GAGAAAACCUAUGGUGGCUGUGAAGGCCCUGAGAUGCCAUGUAUGUCAAAUUGAUAUCAUCUGAUGGCCAUGAAUUUAUUGUAAAAAGAGAACAUGCAUUAAUAUCAGGCAUGAUAAAAGCCAUGUUGAACAGCCCUGGUCAAUUUGCUGAGAACAAAACCAAUGAGGUCAAUUUUAGAGAGAUACCUUCAUAUGUGCUAUCAAAUGUAUGCAUGUAUUUUACUUACAAGGUUCGCUACACUAACAGCUCCACUGAGAUUCCCGAGUUCCCAAUCACACUGAAAUUGCACUAG